AUGGUUUGGGUAAAUAAAUAACUAACUUGUUUAAUAACAAUUUCAUUUUUCAUUAAAGUGAUUUUUACUUAAGGUGGAUGCAAUAUCAGCUAUUGCUAAUAAUGUGAUGCUUUAAAUUUAAAUUGCCUUUAAUGUCAAGCUGAUUUUAUACUAAAUCCUUAAAGCAAUAUUUGCCUAUCUAAAUGUCUUUUUGGAACUUACUACGACUUUAAUGUAAGCUCAUGUAUUCCUAUUUGUAACAAUGGAUAUGCUUAAGAUGAAACUCAUAGAGUAUGUAUUCAAACUUAGCCUUGUCAUAGCUUAUAAUCGCCUAAUGGUUUGGUCUAUAAAUAUAAUAAAAUUGCAUAAAUUUACAAAAAUUAUGUGAUAGUCUGCGGCUCUGAUGAUAAUACAAGCAACUCAAAUACUUUAAAUUUACUCUCCUAUGAUUUAACAACUGGUACAGCUCUUUCUCAUAUAGGAUACUUAAGCUAAAAUGGAGGACCAAUUAUCUUUUUUCAUAUCUCAACAAAUUCUUAAAAUCAAGACAUUAUAUACUCUUUUAGUAGAACUUAAAUUACUGCAUUUGAAUUAAAUUCAGGAAUGUAAAUUAAUUCUUACACUCUUUUGAAUGGAUUUUUUGUGGACGCUUCUACUUACUAUAUAGACAAUAAUUACUUAAUUGUGUUCUGCUAUAGAAACUAGCAAUUCGCAGUCUUAUAAUACCAACAGUAGUUAAGCAAUAAUUGCGGUUCUUAAUAGUGCCUAAUUACAUUUUAGAGAGUUCAUAUCAAUCCUAUUAUAGGUUUCAUACUAGAUAGUUAGGGAAAUAUCAUAUCUUACGCCCCAGACGGAAUGAUUAUAUAAUGGAGUAUUUAGAAUUAAAGCUAUUAAACUAUUCUUUCAAACUAAAACUAUGAAAUAUCAAGUCUAUGUCUCUCUAUAAUUUAGCAAAACUAAUAAGUAUUUGCAUUUUCUAUUUAAAAUGAUAGCAAUAAUUAAGUGUACAUAAAUGUGAAUAAUAAAGUAAAUUCCUUCUAAUUGGGUUUUACAUCUCCUAUCCUUGAAAUAUUAGAUUAUAAUCAACUAAUUUAAUCUAGUUCCAAAAAUAUGAAUUCAUACUCAAUAAUAAUUAUUAGAAGCUCAUCUCAACUCAUGCUAGUAAAAUUUUAAUUUGGUCAGUAAAUAACUACUUAGAAUUUGUUAUCAGCAUCAAUUAAUCCUAUUAUCACUAAAGCAAUUAAAGGUUAUUUCUAUUUGGUACUUUAAGCUAAUGGCAUAUAUUCAAUCAACCAAAGUAAUGGUUAAUAUUCAUUAUAGUUAAUAAACUAAAUUUAGCUAAGUAGUUUUAAUUACAUAUCUGAUCUAGAACCAUUUACAUUAAACAAUACCUCAUCUGGGUAUAGUUUUCUUUUAGUUGCAAAAUAGUUAAAAAUUAUUGCCCCAUAAACUUAAACUACUGUAGAUCCAUAUAAUGGAAUAUAAUAAUAAGUAAGUCCCUCUUAUUAAUAACAUCACAAAUGGAUAAAUGGUGUUUUGUAUGAUCCAACUUUAAAUGUAUAUCUAAGUUUUAGUCAAGAUGGGUCAUUUGCAGUUUGGGAUAUUUUUAUGUAUGAUAUAUUUAAAAUGAAACCUCUAUUCUUCGUAUUUCCUCCUUGGUGUUAGCAGUACUAAACCUGUUCUACAAGCAUAAUCAACGCAUUAUUGUUUUAAACGGGAAUAUUUAUAUGCUAAUAUUCCAAUUCUGUAAUAAUAUCUUGGAACUACAAUAGGAUUCAAGCAUUUGUUAGAUAAACAUAUGUUAUGUAAAAUUAGACUGAUACUAUUAAACAGUUUAAGAUGCUUGGCUUGAAAUAUCUCUUCUUUUGUAAUACUAAUGAAAUAAGAAUUUAUGAUUUUUCAUAAAGCGAAACUAAUAUAAUUAACAAUAAUUAUCAAUUUAUUUAAGAUUAUCUUAUUAAAAUCGAAUUAGGGUUAGAUAAUAAUAACAUUUUGUACUUGAUUGAAUUAGCCAGAUAAUAAAGCGAUUAAUAUAUAUUAAGACUGAGAAUAACAGAUUAAUAUUAUUCAUAAAUUAAUUUAGUUAACUUAACAAGAAAAGGAGUAGAUUUGUACUACAAUUAUCAAAAUUAAAGACUCUUCGUAAAUGUAGAAUAGGAUUUAAUAGGGGCAUGUUACUUUCCCUAGUUAUAAUUUAUUUAUCUAUUCAACGUUGGAAACUCAAACAAUUGGAUUCGUACCUUUAGUUAUUCUUGGUAAACUGAUUAGUUUAUUACAAUUAAUUAAAAUGGUUAAAUGUGUCUCUGGAAAUAUAUAAUUUAGUAUAAAACUUAUAAUGUUGUUAUAAGAUUACAAUACCCGAUACCGAGAACAAAUUAUUAACUUUUAGAAUAAAAAUAAAUUUUAGCAGCAAGUCAAGGGUUUGUUAUGUAUUAAAACACUCAAUCUUAAUUAAUUGACAACCAAGUUAUCGGUAUGGAUUUCAUUUAUUUAAAACCAUGUUUUGUAUAUCCAUUUAAAAAUGAAAUUAAUGGUAUUUACAUCUCAGAUGAUAGUACCCUCUUUAUUUCAUUCACUAAUGGAGACUUAUAUUUUACUCAAUACUCCUGUUCAAUUGAGUAAUAUGUGUUUGGAUAGGCCAAUACUACUUAAAUUAUUCAUAACUAAUAUUUAAGGAAAUCUUAUUUAUUUUAGAAAUAAUAGAUGGUUAUUGUCGAUUAUUAUAGCUAGGAGGUAGCUUACAAUAAUUACCCUCACUAACUAAAUACUUAUUAAGCCCUUGAAGAUACUUAAAAUAAUUUUCUAGUCACAUAUUCACAAGAACAGUCUACAAAUCUAUAUAAAUAUUCCAUGGUAGCUAAUACUUACAUUUAGUUUCUAAAUGGGCAUAUGUACUCAGUUAACUAUGCAUUUUUAGAUAUUGAUAAUGAUGUCCUAAUUAGUUUUUCAAGUGAUCCAAGAGAUUUAAACCUAAUUUUGUGGGAAUAUAGUAGCACUUCCUAAAUAGUAUAAUUUAGUGAUAUUCAAAUGCACGUUUCUACUAACUCAUCAAUUUAAAUUGUAAAUUUAUUAAUAUAUAAGUAAUAAAAUCUGGUUUAUGCUCUAUUAUCAGAUGGAUAUUUGUUUUAGUUUAAUUAUGUUUAAAAAGCAGUAAACUUCUUAUAGAUAGAUCCUGGAGCUAUAAAUUUUUGGAUUGAUGAGACAUACGGAAAUGUUUUCAUUUUAUUAAAUUCAAAUGCUUUGUAAGUUAGAACCAUUAAGACAUUUUAAAUAAUUGCAUAAUUAAUAUUUACGUAAAAUGUUAAUAACCCUUAAAAUAUUAUGUAUACAAAUAAUUAUGUUUUUGUGUUUCUUUCAAAUGCUCUUUCUAUCGUGAGCAGAACAAAAUUGAGCCAGAUCUAAUAAAUAGAUUGCUCUGCUUAACCUUGCCUUGAUGCAUGCUUCUCUGAAAAAUUAGACUAAUUAUUCCUAUAUUCUUCUUAUUAAAGUGAUUCAGUAUAUGUCUAUCAAGCAAUAUCUGGAUAAUUACUAUAUUCGAUAUAUGGAGUAUCCGAUCUAAACAAAGGAUAAAUAAGCUCAGUGAUAAUAGAUGAUGAUGACUAUUUACUAAUUAUUGGGAAAUUAGACAAUUUCAUAUCAGUUUUUUUUAACUAUUAUACCAAACAAGAAGUAGGUUAUUUUUUUGAUUCGAUUGUAUAGUAUAAAUACAGUAAAUUUAUACCAGAGUUGAAUGUUUUCAUUCAGUCCCAAUUCUACAAUUUUGAGCCUUUCUCUAUUCAGAAUAUGAUAACAAGUACAUUUUAAACUUAGAGCUUUUACAUCUCGAAAUGGUUAGAUUACUACACAGACUCUAAAAAUAACAUAUAUUACGUUGAUGGUAGCAAUAUUAUGAGAAAUAUUAAUUUAUUGCUUUUAGCAUCAGGAGAUAUUUGGAACUACAAUUUUAAUCUGAAUAUAAAUCAAAAUUAAGUUAGUGUUUCUAACUAAUAAUAAUGUUCUUUAUUUAUUAACGAUCCCUCAAAAAGCUUCUAAGUAGAAAAUUAACUUCUUUAACUAUAAAACUACUUUUCUGAUACAGGAAAUAUUUAAAGCCAACCUAAUGUAGUUAUUUAAGGGGCAGAAUUUCUCUUCUAUAGUAAUAUCAUGAAUGAUUUAAAAGCAUUAGUUGUUUACUAAGGUGAUUCAACAGAUUCUCUACUAAUGCUUUAUAAUGAUUCAUUUUCUAAAAAUAGUCUUUAUACUCUGAAUAUAAAAAAUACUUUUAUUACUAUUAGUAAAUAGUCAGCCUAAAUAACACUCAAUCCAUAAACAUAAGAGAUAAAGUUUUAUAAUGUCACAAUAUCUUAAGAAUAACCUAAUACACCUUCAUAGGCUAGUAUUUUAAUAACAUAAAUUGAAAAUGCUAUUUUGAAAAACAUCACUAUCUAAAAUAUUACAAUUUCUAAUAACACAACUUUUUUAAACUUUAACUCUGCUACAAACUUAAAUAUUUAAAAUUUAGUAAUAAGUAAUGUCUAAAUGCAUAUCAAUUCAACUUUAAUCAGUUUUUAGUAAAUAACUAGCUUAUAAAUUAACAAUCUCACUUUAUAAAAUGUUACAAUACUUACAGAUAAUUCGAGCAACUCAAGUUCACUUGCUAAUUAAAUAUUUGUUUUUAAUAAAGUAAAAUAGCUAUAAGUGUUAAAUACUACUUUUAGCAAUAUUAAAAGCUAAAUAAGGAGUGUGAUUUUUUAGUUGAUACAAAAUCUCGAAUGUGCUUUUUAGGGAUUGUUAGUAGAUCAACUUUAUAAUAUUUAAUUUAUCAAAAAUAAAAACUAUGAUUCAAGUACUUAGUUUACUUAUAUUGAUACAUAAGACACAUUUUAGAUAAUGAACUCAAAAUUCUCAAAUUACUUUAGUGAUUUGGAUAGUUUAAUAUGUUAUUAAGGAAGCUUGUUAAAUAUAUAAAAUACUACAUUCUAAAAUUCAAGCUGUAAAUCAUGCACUGGAACUGUUUUAUAAAUCUAAGGUAGUAGUUAAAUUCUAAUAAACUCCUCAACUUUUUAAAAUAAUAGUGGGUAUAAUGGAGGGGCGAUCUCUAUUUCAGAUUGCUAAAAUUCUAAUAUAUAAAUAAAUUAAUGCAACUUUACAAGCAACUAUGCUUGGUUCAGUGGAGGUGCAAUAUACCUGAUGGAUUCAGAAAUUUAAAUGUAAUAAACUAUUUUUACAAGCAAUAUAGCUUUUAUAGGAGGAGCUAUUCGCUACUUGACAUACAAACCAUAAAUCUUUUACUCUUCAUCAUUAUAAAGUCAAGUACAAUUUAUCCAAAAUAAAGCUUAUAUUCAUAGUUAAAAUUGGGGAUCGUAUCCACAAUCUAUAAAUGUAAUUUUUAUUAAUUCAAUAAGUUCAAGAGUUUUAACUACUAAAACCUAUAACUUUAAAAGAAAUACUAAUCAAAAUAGUGAUUUUACUCUUAAAAAUAUAUAAAGUGGUGGUUUUUUAAAUUUAUCAUUUUAGCUACUAGAUGAAGAAGGUAAUUUAGUAACUUAUGAUUACUAAAACUGUUUAAAUAAAAUAUAUAGCUAAGACUUAUGUAAUGAAAUACAAUAAAUCAGCAUUAAUUUAAUUUCAUAAGAUGAUUCAAAAAUGAGAGUUUUAGGAUCAUAUAUCACUAAAUAUUAAGAAUUUAUAAUUUAAAAUAAAACUUUUUAAAUUAAUGGAGUCUAAUUAGUAGGAAAUCCUCUUUCUAAUUAAACUAUGCUAGUAUAUGUUAGUGGAAUAGUAACAUAUAGUAGCAAUUUAUAGAUUUCAAACCCAUAUUAUGCCCAGGUUUAAGUAGAAUUUAGAGAUUGUUUAAUUGGAGAAUUAAUUGAAUAGUCAAAUGAUUUUUAUGAAUGUAAUCCAUGCCCUUAUGGCACUUAUUCAAUAUAAAAGCCACAAAUAAAUUAAGCUCAAAAAUGUAUUAAAUGCCCAUAAGAAGCUUAGUUUUGCUAGUAGAAUUAAAUGACUUUGAUCAAAGGUUAUUGGAAGAGCUCUAAUUUUUCAGAUAGUAUAUACUCUUGUACUUAAUCAAAAAACUGUGAAGGUAAUUAAACAACAAAUUAUUGUAGCAUAGGACAUGCUGGACCUUUGUGUCAAUUUUGUGAUGAAAAAGGAGCGAUUUGGGGAGAACAAUAUUAAUUUACAGUAUCAAAUCAGUGUGAUCUGUGUUCAGGUUAAUCUCAAACUCAAUCACUUGGAGUCGCUUUUUUAGUUUGCUUAGGUCUUAUAAUUUAUUGUACGAUAAAUAUUUUUACAAUGAUAGCCUCAGGCGAAAAAAUAUCUUAAUCUUACUAUUUGAGAAGAAUGAAAUUAGUAAGUUUAAGCAAUACAUGCUAUAAGUAAAUUUAAAUAAAUUUGAGCAUAAAAUCACUCACAAACUUUAUGUAAAUGCUAAAAUUAAUGUCAACUCAAACUCUUCAACUUCCUGUUUCAAUUACAAUAGCCCCUGACUUAAUUGGUUCUCCAUCAUCUUCAUACGUAUUUUCAACGUCUUGCUUUUUAGCAACUCUUUAAACAGAUACUUUUAAGCCACUUUUUAUCAAAUUGAUCUCCGUUUCGAUAUCGCCAUUUAUAUAUAUUUUAUCAUUGAUAGUUAUCUACUUAUUUAUUAAUCCAUUUUUAAAAGGCUUUUAAUUUUCAAAAUCUAAAAUUAUCAGCAUAAUAGUCUUCGUUUUCUGGUUUUUGAAACCAAGUAUAGUUUAUACUUUAAUUUAAGGAAUAUCAUGUGUGAAUUUUGAUGGGAAAAAAUACAUACAAUUGGAUUAUACAUAUGAGUGUUAUACUGAAACACAUCUAUAAUUUAUAUACUAUCUACUAAUACCUAGCUUGAUAUUUUACAUAAUAAUUGUACCUGGAAUAAUCUUAAAAAAGAUCUCAAGCAAUAAAAAUAAUUUAGACUACGCUACGGUAAGAUAGAGUUAUGGAUAUAUUUAUCAAGAUUACCGUAAAGUAGGUUUUUAUUGGGAGUUUGUAAGAUUUACUGUUCAGCUGAUUGUAAUUUUCUAUUAAAAUCUAGAAUUGAUAUCUUCAAAUACAAAAUCUCUCCUUACAAUGAGUAUCCUGAUAGUCUACUACAUAGCAUUAUCUAUCAUAAAACCUUUUAUGAUGAAAAAAUAUUAAAGAGUGGAGGAGUAAAGUACAAUAGUACUUAUAUUUAUUUCAGUUUUAAAUUUAGCACUUGCUAAUAAUAGCAGUAGUACACGUACAUUAGCCUUUUAAGUUGUUCUUUUUGUGCCUUAUUAUAUGAAUAUGGGCUAUUUAAUAUAUUUAAUAAUAACGACAUCACUUAUCCCUUAGCUUUAAAACUGUUAUAGAAAAUUCUUAGGAGUGAUAAGUAAUGAAAAGAAAUUGACAAAUAACUCUUUAUAAAUGCAAAAUCAAAUCAUUAAAUAAAGAGUUUUGUAUCUUUGGAAAUAAGCUUAUCUUAAGUUAUUUAUCUGUUAAAUGAAUUAAUCAAAGAAAAUAGAUUAAAUGAAUUAAACUUUAGUAAACAUAAACUAAUAAAGUACAAUAGCUUAGAAAAAAUUUUCCAUAAACUUAGCCAACAAUAUAAACAGGAAGACAAGAAUAAGCUCCUUUUCACCUAGUCCAACCAAUAUCAAAAGCAAAUUUGCGGCAACUUUUGAAAUGAAAAAUAGCAUUUCUAGAUAAAGAUCUAUUUAUUCAAAUGAUAGUUUCAUUUUAAAAUAACGUUCAGAUUCAAUAGAAACUGACAUGAAUAAUCUAUAUACUAGACCUUUAGAAACUUUAGAAUAAGUAAUAAAGGAUUAAAGAAAUCCAUACAUGUAAAAUGCAACCAAAGAUAAACCUGAGUAGUGA